CCUUCCCUUAAAACUGGAGAAAGGAGAAAUCCUGUUGUAAAGUGAUGUCGCAUCACACCUAUUUCCCGGCCAACGAGGAGCCAGUUUUUCCCUCAGCAGAGGCGUAUGACUGUCCUUGUUGUCCCUUUUGGACAAGACAACAUCACACUAUAGUUUACCAUCUCAGAAACCAUUUAGAUGCGGCAGUCCGCCAUGGAGAAUACCGUAUCUGCAAAUGCAGCUUCAAAUGCAGAGAUGCUCACCAUUUCCACUGCCUCACCUGUGACACAACCAUCAUAAGGAGAAAUCAUUUCAUUGCUCACUUAAAAGUCUGUACUGUAAGAUCUGUUCCCAAGAGGCAAAAAGCAGCCAGUGUUACCCAGAGCCCCGUAGCAGCCAGUGUUACCCAGAGCCCCGUAGCAGCCAGUGUUACCCAGAGCCCUGUAGCAGCCAGUGUUACCCAGAGCCCCGCAGCAGCCAGUGUUACCCAGAGCCCCGCAGCAGCCAGUGUUACCCAGAGCCCCGUAGUAGCCAGUGUUACUCAGAGCUCAGCCACUGUUACUCAGAUCCCCGUAGCAGCCCCAGCCCCCGCUGCUCAGCCACAAAUGCAUGUGCAUAGACAACAGCAGGUUAAGAUUAAGUGUGUACACUGUGGCCUUACACUCAACAGAUGCAAUUUGAGGGUGCAUAUUAAGCGGAAACACUCUGGGAAAAAAGACAUCACAGAUGAAGCAGCCACCGUUACUGAGAGCCCCGUAGCAGCCACUGUUACUGAGAGCCCCGUAGCAGCCACUGUUACUGAGAGCCUCGUAGGAGCCACUAUUACUGAGAGCCCCGUAGCAGCCACUGUUACUGAGAGCCUCGUAGGAGCCACUGUUACUGAGAGCCCCGUAGGAGCCACUAUUACUGAGAGCCCCGUAGCAGCCACUGUUACUGAGAGCCUCGUAGGAGCCACUAUUACUGAGAGCCCCGUAGCAGCCCCAGCCCCCGCUGCUCAGCCACAAAUGCAUGUGCAUGGACAACAGCAGGUUAAGAUCAAGUGUGUACACUGUGGCCUUAAACUCAACAGACGCAAUUUGAGGGUGCAUAUUAAGCGGAAACACUCUGGGAAAAAAGACAUCACUGCUGAACGCCAUUUAAGCUGUCAGUGUAUUGACCCCCAAAAUGGUAUUUUUGCUGUUAAAAAAACAUUCACUGGUCCAAUUCAUGUCAUCAAAAAAACAUCUGGCACAAACCUACAAGUUAGGUGUGAAAUGGACUUGUGCAAGGCCAAUGCUGAGUUGGCUGAAAGAAGCAAUUGUUUGGCAUUUGAAUGUGAUCACCUGCGGUCACUCACGUACCACUUGGUGGUGGAGAGAUGUACACUGAACAUGUGAGAGGCCAUUCAGAACAACCACCAGGAUCAUCCACUUCAUAACAUCUUUAUGGAUCAAGAAAAAAAGGCAGUGGUGGACAUCUCCCCUUUCUUCACUGCAGGAUGGAUAAUAAUUGUACUUUUUUUUUUUUUUUUACAGGGAAAUAGCUUGGUCUGAAUCAAUGCUGCACCCAUAUUAUAUAUGUGUGUGUAUUUUUUUAUUUUUUUUGCCUGACCUACUGCUAACAGAUUUCAUAGUUUGAUCUGAAGUGUGUUUAUUGUUGCGAAAUAAUAGAAACAUUUCUUUUGGUAAUUAUUUGCAUUAUUUGCUAUCACUGGCUUUUUUCAAUCAUCUAUCAUUAUGAUAUUCCAUGAAAAGGGUUGCACUUUUUUACUUACUUAACCAGUCAACUGAGAACCACUGCCCUUGAUUACCUGGACAAGUCCCAAAAUACACUACACACAAACGGGCACAUACGGUAACAAAGGCUAUGACACAUCAAUACAGGACAUGACGCUGUAUAGGUGAGAAGUGGUUAAAAAAAGUUUUCCAAGGUAUGUUUUUUAGACUGAUGCAGACCUACAUCAUUGGAAGAUAGGAAAAUUAUAUAAUGCUUUCUUUGAUUGUUGUACAGUCUGCUGAUUGAUGAUGCUUACAUGAUAAUUUAUGUAGCCUAUAAAAUAAUCUCUCACUUCUCUGCAUUUUGCUGUUCUCAGAUUUCCGUUAAUGACAUAAACAAUGACAAACCUAUUUAUUAAUAGCAAAAACACAAUAUGUCACUGCAAAUGACAUUGCAAAGACAGUUUUUAUGUGUUUUUGGGUAUUAGCGUUGUUGUGUCACAGAUCAAUCUUCAGUCAAAUAGUCGUUAAGUAAAUGUACAGCAGAAGGGAAAAAUCCUCCAUCCAGGCGCUGUUUCUACCGAGUUUCCGAAAUCCCGACUAUCCCUGAACUAACCACAAUGACGUAGUGCACUCUAGGCAGAGCUUGGCGUGUGACGUGCCUGUCAUGGGCGGGGCUUGACCGUCCAGCCAGUCAAGCCCCGCCUCCCGCCGCACACGUUAGUAUUGCAGCCGUUAGUACUUGCCUUCUGAGUGUGUUUGUAACCUUCAUUCCCUGAAUUUUGACUCUCAGGAAGAAAUAGGCUCAAACGAUUGAGUUUCAGCAAUUUCAGGAAAUAAUUUAGCCUUCGCUAAAAAAAAUUUUUAACUAUAUAUUCAUGAUCUGUUUUUAAAUAUUUACAAAUUCACUUGAAACUAUGAGCUUGGGGCUGUGUACCUCGGACAGGCUGGGGAAGUGGUUGUGGUGUUUUUAAUGGAUUUAUUAACAAUAACAGAACUAUAUAAUCCAAUUAUUUAUUUAGUAAUUGUGUUUUCCCAUAAGCACUGGAAUGCACCACACGGAAAGUUGAAGAUGAUGUAAAACCACAUUGUAAAAUUAACAACAACUGAAUGUUUUCUGCAGUGAUGGAGGAAGUCUACCGGUCUGUUGCUUAUAUGCUAAGUAAAAGUUGCAGCACUGCAAUAUGAAAAUACACCAUUACAUAAAAGAAAAAAACUGAGUGUUUUACCAUUAUACAUUGUCUUAUUGGAAUGUGUUAUUACUGAUUUAUUAGCAGUAAAGUUUUACUGUUAUACUAAGUUGAGGGGGUGGAGUCAAUUUAAAAUAUUUUACAUGUAGCGUUGCAUCAUUUGUUUUCAACCCUGCUUCAUGCUCCUCUGAUGUUUAUCUGUAUAAUUUGCUAUCUUUGUUUUAUAUAGCUAUCUAUGUGUUAUAUGAAUGCCUCCAUUGUAUUAUUGAGUAUAUGCUUUUCUCCAAAAUGGGGUAGGCCUAUGUUUUAAAAUACUGUACAUAUUUUGUAUCAUUUUCAACAUUAUAACUUGGAUGCAUUUACAUUUGUUUGAAUGUUUAUUAAUGUACAUGUUCAAUUAUUAUUAUUAUAGUCGUAUGUGUAUCAUGUUUUAUAUGUAAAAUGAAAUCGUUUAAUUAAGUACCAGGCAUACCUAAAGCUGUCAGAUAAAUAUGGUGGAAUAAAAGGUACAAUACCCAAUAUAUUAUUGAGUAUAUGCUUUUCUCCACAAUGGGGUAGGCCUAUGUUUUAAAAUACUGUACAUAUUUUGUAUCAUUUUCAACAUUAUAACUUGGAUGCAUUUACAUUUGUUUGAAUGUUUAUUAAUGUACAUGUUCAGUUAUUAUUAUUAUAGUCGUAUGUGUAUCAUGUUUUAUAUGUAAAAUGAAAUCGUUUAAUUAAGUACCAGGCAUACCUAAAGCUGUCAGAUAAAUAUGGUGGAAUAAAAGGUAUAAUAUCC